AUGCAACAGGGUGAUCUACUUCCAUGGGUGGAGAAAUAUAGACCUGAGAGUCUGGAGGAGCUAAUUUCACACAAGGAUAUAAUUGGGACAAUUGGUAAAUUUAUAAACUCUGGUCAACUACCUCACUUACUUUUUCAUGGACCCCCUGGUACGGGGAAAACAUCGACAAUUCAUGCACUUUCUAAAUUUAUAUAUGGUGAGAAAAAGAAGCAGAUGGUACUAGAACUUAACGCCUCUGAUGACAGGGGAAUCAAUGUAGUAAGGGAUGCAAUAAAAAGCUUUGCUGAAAGUGCUUCAACAAAUAUGGAUUGUUUUGAAGAUAUACAGACUAGAGGUGAAAGUGGGACUACAAAUUUAAUAUUUAAUAGAAAUUUCUGGCGAAAUGUGAAAUUGAUUAUCCUUGAUGAGGCUGAUAUGAUGACACCAGUUGCUCAAAUGGCACUACGAAGAAUAUUGGAAAAAUACUCAGAACACGUUAGAUUUUGUAUAAUAUGCAACUAUGUAAACAAAAUUAUACCAGCACUUCAAAGUAGAUGUACUAGAUUUAGAUUCUCACCUCUGUCUAUUAAUGAGAUGGAAAAUAAAAUAUUGGUGAUAUCGAAGGCAGAAGGGAUCUACACUUCAAAGGAUGGAAUUACUGCUCUUAUUGAAGCAGCAAGAGGAGAUAUGAGGAAGGUACUGAAUAUUCUUCAAUCUUGUCAUAUGGAUAAUUAUGGCAAUGUUCAUGAGUACAUGAGCUCAUGUGACUUUACUAUCAUGAAUGAAAAUACAAAUACAUAUAUAAACGAACAAAUGGUUCAUAGGACGUUGGGUAUUCCAACAAGUAAAGAAAUAGAUUUUUUGAUGAAUAUUUUAACUAACAAAACAUUUUCAGAAGGUACCAACGCACUUAUGAACUAUUACAGAGAGUACGGCUAUGCUACACAAGACUUUGUAAAUUUGCUCUAUCGAAGGUUGUUAAAAAUAAACUGGCCAGAUUCAGUCAUACCACUAAUAAUGAAGAGAUUAGCUGAUAUAGAAUAUAGAUUGUCAUGUGGUGCAAGUGAGACUGUUCAAUUUUCCGCUAUUGUAUCAUGUAUCUGUGAAGUUAGAUUAGAACUAGAGAAGCUCUUAUGA